UGAUACGAACUAUUCCGGGUCAAAGUCUUUCCUCAGUCAGUCUUUUCUCAACCAUCUCAUCUCAAACAACAAACUUUUGCACUAGGAACCAUACAGCACAGAAGCAAUGGGUUCCCUUGCGGGCACUGCAACUCGCGAUGACAUCCCAACGCCCACUCUCACGACCGCAAGUGGGUGCCCUAUCGCGAAGCCGGAAGGCUCACUGAGGGAUGGGAAGCAUCUUUUAUUACAAGAUUUCAACCUGAUCGAGUCUUUGACUCAUUUUAAUCGAGAAAAGAUUCCGGAACGCACCGUCCAUGCCCGGGGUGCCGGAGCAUACGGGGAAUUCGAAGUCACACAUGAUAUUUCGGAUAUUUGCAACAUUGACAUGCUGCUUGGUGUGGGAAAGAAGACACCCUGCGUCACGCGUUUCUCAACAACAACUUUUGAACGCGGAUCAGCCGAGUCCAUGCAAGACCCUAAGGGUAUGGCUGUCAAGUUUUUCACCGAGGAAGGUAACUGGGACUGGGUCUGUUUGAACAUUCCCAUGUUCUUCAUUCGCGAUCCUAUCAAGUUUCCAGGCUUGGUGCACGCGCAGAGACGGGACCCUCAAUCCAAUUUGGCAAACCCCAAUAUGUGGUGGGACUGGGUUUGCAACAACCAUGAAUCUCUACAUAUGGUCCUGUGGCUGUAUAGUGAGUUCGGGUCUAUGUUCAACUACCGUAGCAUGAGUGGCUACGUUGGCCAUGCCUUCAAAUGGACCAUGCCCGACGGAUCGUGGAAAUACGUGCACUUCUUCCUUUCUUCAGACAAGGGACCAAAUUUCGAAAAAGGAGAGACUGAGAAGAACACCCAGCAAGACGACCCUGACUCAGCCACGCGCGACCUCUACGAAGCCAUAGAGCGAGGGGAAUACCCGACAUGGACCGCCAACGUGCAAGUAGUUGAUCCUAAAGAUGUUGACAAGCUUGGAUUCGAUAUCUUUGAUGUGACCAAGCAUUGGAACUUGGGCAACUACCCGCCAGAUAUCGACGUAAUUCCAGGCAGGCCAUUUGGAAAGCUCACUUUGAAUCGCAACCCUCAAAAUUUCUUCGCCGAGGUAGAACAGCUGGCCUUUUCACCAUCCCACCUGGUUCCCGGUGUCGCGCCGUCGGAAGACCCUCUCCUCCAGGCUCGUAUGUUCGCUUAUCCAGAUGCACAACGUUACCGCCUAGGUGUAAAUAACCAGUCUAUCCCGGUAAAUAGGCCCAAGAAUGCUUAUAAUCCUCAGCUCCGUGACGGCAGCGGCGUGCAUGGCGAUAACUACGGCAAGGUCCCUGGAUUCGUGUCGGCCUCUCGCCCAAUGAACUAUGGUAAGCCAGUCAACGGUGAUACAGAGUUGGAUGAGUGGCUUGCAAAGGUUAAUUCUCAGGCUUGGUUGGACGUGGGUGAAAAUGAUUAUAAGUGGCCAAGAGAGUUUUGGAAAAUCCUCCCUACCCUGCGUUCUCCUGAGUUUCAAAACACCAUUGUUGUUAACAUGUCCAAAUCCUUGGUCAACGUUGACCGGGAUCUCCGGGAAAAGGUGUACAAGACGUUGCAAUUGGUUGCCACCGACCUGAUGGAGCGAGUACGGGAUGCCACUGAGUCUUUAGUAUCUGCAAAUUAGUUUCUUGACUGGACGACAACAAUUUCAUAGUCGUAAAUAGAACUAUCUGACGGUCCAUCAAAUUGUCAUUUCCCAAUUUAUGUUACCGGUUUAAAGCCAACAACCGAGAAACGACUCGACAAUUGAG